CUCUGGUCUUCUCCUGAAGAGGAAAAGCAGCUCCAACAAGAUGCAGCUUCUCCUGCUCGCUUUCACCGUUGGUCUUGCCUCUGCGCAACACCAUGUUGACCCUUCGGAGGUCAGUGGUGACUGGCACACCAUUUCCCUGGCCGCUGAUAAUGGGGAAAAAAUCGAUGACAAUGGCCCGCUGCAGGUGUAUAUCCGACAACUGCAAUGCCAAGAAGAAUGCAGGAAGCUCGCCAUCAGGUUUUAUGUCAAAGCGAACGGACGAUGCCAAGAGUUCAACAGGGUGGGAGUACUAGAUGAAGAGAAAGGCGUUUACGUCGCGGAAUAUGCGGGCCAAAACUUUUUCAAAAUUAUCGCUCAGCAGGAUGAUGUCCUGGCAUUUUUUAACCACAACAUAGAUGAAGAAGGCAAGGAGACAAACAUGAUUGUAGUUGUUGGAAAAAGAGACAGUCUGACACAGCAGGAAAAUCAGAAGCUUGCUAAGGUCGCUGAGGUAAACGGAAUUCCAAAGGAAAACAUAAGACACGUCGCCCAAUCAGACACCUGUGCACAGUAAAGGACUUGCUCACAUGCUGUGGAGGCAGGGGCAUUUUCCACACCACCUUCUCGAUGACAUCCCAAUCAUGAAUUUCAUGGUCUCAUC